AAUGUCUUCUUUAUUCAAAGAAGUACCUUUAAAAUAAGUAAUAGCUGAUAAAAGUUAAGUAAUAAUAAUAUCAAAAUAGAAAAUUUAGCUACUGGUUUGUAUGUUGAAAGACAUAUAAAAAGAAGAGGAAGAGAUUUUGAAAUAAUUUAAUAAAAUGAUAAAGGAUGCAAGAUCAAUUGAAGGACUUUAUGAGAUAAUGGAAAUGAUUAAUUAUGAAACUGGAGUACGAAAUAAUGAUAAAAUAGAAAUAAUGAAUGAAAUUAAUCGUUAAGAAGAAUAUUUGUAAUUUAUCAAUUUAAUAACAGGUUACAACAAUAAGCUAGCCUUGAAAAAUAAGUCAAAGAAUCAUUAAAAGAAUUGGAAAUAUCACAAAUGUUUUAAUAAACUAGAUCAUUACGAUAGACUGGUAGAUUUCUAUAGUUCAAAGAUAAAAAUCAUAAUUUACAUAUUUAGGAUUAAAAUAUAUAAUCUAAUAUUAUUACUAGUUAUGAUUUUGAGGAAUAAUCAAGAUUGAACGAUAAAAUGUAGGAGAAUAUCUUUAAUGAUCCAAUUAAAUAUAAUAAUUAGGAAGGUAUUGAUUAAACUUAAGUAUAUGAUUGGAUUUUAGAUAUUGAUUUGAUAAAUAAUGUUUUAUAAGGUUGGCCUGUUUAUAUUAGUAAAUAAUUUCAGGGAAAUAAGGAAUUAGUUGGGUUGACAAAUAGCAGCCAUGAAUCGAAAACUUCAAUAAAAUGGGAAGGUGCAACAGUAGCUGUUGUUGGACUUUAUGAUAAAGGGAAAACAUUUGUUUUGAAUAAUCUAACCUAGUCUAAUUUGCCAUCAGGAAAAAAAGUGACUACCAAAGGUAUCUCUUUCAAACAUGUUGAUGUUGAUUCUGGAACAUAAUUAAUUUUAGUUGAUACUGCAGGAAGUUAUUCCCCUGUAAAAAUUUAAUCUGCUUUAAGUAUUGUAGAAAGAGAAGCAACAGAACAUUUUAUAAUUGAUCUUGUUUUUGAAUUGAGUGAUUACUUCAUUUGUGUUGUAAAUGACUUUACAUCUCUAGAUCAAAGAUAUUUAGAUAGAUUGACAAGAUAAUUAUAGAACAGUUCAAAAACUUUUAGGGAAAUCAUAGUAGUUCAUAAUUUGAAGGAAAUUGAAACUCCUGAAAUAUUACAACAUGUUUGGACAACUUAAGUUACUUAAAUCUAUUCAACUGGAGGAUCUAUUUAAAAAACUAAAGUGGCUGCAAUUAAUCCAAGAAUAAAUGAAUUAUAAGAAAAACAUGUGUUAUGGUUUAAGACCUAAUAUACAAGACAUGUUUGUUUAGUGAGUGAUGAUAGUUAAUUAGGAUUAGAUGUAAAUCCAUGGGUAUUUUCAUUAUUGAAAUAUUGGUUAAAGGCAGUUUUUGUACCUGUUAACAGAUAAUUUUCAGUAUGUGAAAAUAUUUUAUAAUAUUCAACCAAUAAAUUGACUUAGUAUUUUAAAAGGGAAAUAAAAGUAAAUUUGAUUGAUACUGAUAAUGAAUUUGUUAAGAAGAUUAUUUAAAUAUAGGCUGAUUUAUAAAAUGGAGAAUUGAAGAUACCUUAAACCAAUAUUGAUUAAUCAGGUUUAAUUUUAGCAAGACCAGAUUCUUUUGCCCCAGCUACUGAUAUUAUCGCAAAUGAUAAAUAUAUUAUAUAUAUGGAUGUUCCAGGAAUUAGUGAAGAUGAUAUCGAAAUGUAUAGAUAAAAUGUUGUUACAAUAGUGAAAGGAAAUAGAUAGAAACCUUAUUAGGAAGAGUAAAGUGAUCACAUAAAAAAAUAAGAGAGAAAAUAUGGAGAAUUUACAUUAAGUUUUAGAAUACCUGAGAAUUUCGAACGCAAAUGGAAGUAUUUUGGUAUAGAAAAUGGAGUUUUGAAAAUAGUUUAUGAAAAAGAUAAAGAAGAUAUAAUUCCAAAUUAAUUUAUUAAUAAAAAUGAAUGA